CUCAAAAGGAAAGUUGGUGUCGAUGAUAUCGGCGAAGCAAGCAGUUUUAUGAACUCACCGCAAAUGGAAAGAAGUCGAAAACUUUACCACAAGUUUGUUGCUGUUUGUGUGCCACUCAUUAAGAUUCAUAACCAGCUUGCAAUAAAGACCUUUAUGUGGAAAAAAUUCAACCAUGCCAAAAAAAUAUAUACAAGUUCAAUAGAAUUUUACAACAUGCUGAUUGACAAAGUGGAAGAGCUGAAAGCUACACGGAAGUCUGUAUAUGUCCACAUUCAUGAGGUCUGUAAUAUUUUGAAAGCAUACGAGGCGAGAGAAAAGAAAAAGAGGAAACCGCAACAUAAGAAAAAGAAGAAUGAAGAAAACACUGUGUCGUCACAUAGCCAUCCAACCACUAGUGGAAAUAACUCAGAGACUUCACAAGGUUUUGUAAAUGAGGAUACUACUAUUUCUUGCACACAACCUGAGAUUAGUGAUGAGGAUACAAAAGUUAAACAUGAAGCAAAAAGGAAAAGAAAAAAUAGUAAUGCAGAUGAUGAUGUCUGUGAUGCUAAAGUAAGGGCUGUUGAGAAGAAAGAUGUGUUGGAAUCAAUUGAUGCAGAGGCUUGUGCAAAGAAAACCGUAUCAGACAGUGUAGUAAGUGAACCUCAGGUUAUUUCAGUUAGCAGUGCUACUGAAGAUAAAGUAAAUAUCUCAGUUAAACUUCAGAAUGAUUCUAAUUCUGAGAACAUAGUGCCUGACAGCCACGAAGAACACAUAACAUCCAGAUUAGGCUCUGCUGUUGAAGAUGAUAAGAUUAAUGAAAAAAUGGUAGAUCCUGAUCAGUCAGAGAAAACUGAAGAUGACGAGAAUGUGUCAAGCAUGACGGCAGAUCAGGAUGUAGAUGAACCAAUGGAUACGUCUUCUUCGGAUGAUACCAUUGAAAAAACUGAUAGUUCAGAUAAACUGAGUGAAGAAUCAGAUUUGCAUAAGUGUGAUGCUGAUAAGGAGAAAAUUGAUGAUGAACUGAAAGUAACAGCUGGACCGUCAGAUCAAACUAAUGAAAAUAAAAAUAUCAAAAAUGUUGAAGCAGAUGAGGAUGAAAUUCUUGCAAAGGAGGAGACAUUGUCACUGUCUCUUGGAGCUGAACAAAAGUUGUUGGAGAUACCAGAGGAAGAUUGUAGUGAGCCGGGAUUGAUUGAGGAUAAAAUGGAAUUGCAGCCUGAUGAAGAUGAAGCGAAAUUGUUGUCUGAUUCACCUGAGGGAAAAAGUAGCAAGUCUGGGUCUGUCAAGAAGUCGUCCAAAGUUUCAUCACCCCAACCUUGUGGUGAAACAAUCACAGAGUCAAGUGAUGGUGAAGCUGCCUCAAUAAACAAAGAAGUAGCUGCUUUGAGCAAAGAAGUUGAGAUUAGGGAUAAUAUUCCAAAGCCAAGUGCCAGUGAAACUGAGACAGAUACGAGGUCUGUGAAGUCAACAAUAAAAAAACGUAAAAUUAUACCGACACUCGUCAAUGAUAAUAAUUCGGCAUCAGAUAAGUCUGAUGUUCCAUUGAAAAACAAAACGGCUAAUUUGAACAAAGAAUGUACCGAAUCAAGUAAUGACAGUGGUGAUGAUGUAUCAAAGUCUAGUACUAGUGACAAUAAGGAAGAUAUGAAGAAUGUAAAGAAACGUAGAAUAGUACCCACAUCUGUUGGUGAUGCUGUUUCUACAUCAGAACAGCCUAGUGUACAAGUGAGUGAGAAAGUACCAGGUUUGAACAAAGAGGAAGCUGAAUCAAAGGAUCAAACUGAUGUACUAAAGUCUAGUACCAGUGAAAGUAAGGCAGAUAUGAAGAAUGUAAAUCAACGUAAAAUAGUACCCACAUCUGUUAGUGAUGCGGGUUCUACAUCAGAACAGCCUAAUGUCCAAGUGAGUGAGAAAGUACCAGGUUUGAACAAAGAGGAAGCUGAAUCAAGGGAUAAAACUGAUAUACUAAAGUCUAGUACCAGUGAAAGUAAGUCAGAUAUGAAGAAUGUUAAGAAACGUAAAAUAGUACCCACAUCUGUUGGUGAUGCAGGUUCUACAUCAGAACAGUCUAAUGUCCAAGUGAGUGAGAAAGUACCAGGUUUGAACAAAGAGGUAGCUGAAUCACAGGAUAAAACUGGUGUACUAAAGUCUAGUACCAGUGAAAGUAAGUCAGAUACAUGUAUGAAGAAUGUAAAGAAACAUAAAAUAGUACCCACAUCUGUUUUUAGCGAUACUACUUCUGUCUCAGAACAGGUACACCCACCGAAAAUCAGUGAAACUUCUUCUGGGGAGACGUCCGUUCAAGAAUCUGGACCCCGUGUUCAUGUAACAGAAAAACAGAAGAAGGCAUCAGCAAGACAAAUCAGGCGGCUUGAGGGAUUAUUGAAUGAUGUGAGCCGGGAGAUAAAACGACUUGAGGAGAAAGAAAUAAGUUUAGAAGAAAUGGAAGAUGGAGAUACCGACCACUUGCAGGAACACAAACUGAAAAAAAAAUUUAUGCAAAUUUAUAAAAAAAUAUGCGAAUUGAAGGAAAGCCCAGUAGAAACUGGGCGCAUUGUUGAAAAAAAAGUCCAUUUUGAAGGAACAAGGUUUCAAGAAGUAAAUAGAAAAAUUGAAAAGUUUGUGAACAAACAUGGUUUUCCUGAUUUCCAUGAUGUACUCUGCAUUGUGAAAAAAGUAAACAAAAGAAAUAAUAUGAAUAUGAAGCCGCAGCUCAUUCAUGACAUUUCUACGGAUGCAUUUCGGACUGUUGGCAACCUACUGCAGAGACGCAGAGAGUCUGAUUUUGUUUUAAACUUUGGGAGCCAUCUAACAGAUAGCUAUACUAGGGAAAAGGACCCUGCAUUAGUUGAUAAAACACUGCAAGAUAAACUGAAAAUUAAUAGACAAAUGGGCAAACAAAGACUUGAAGAUGUAUUAGAGAAGUAUAAAAAUAAACAGUAUGAGAUGGAAUUGACAGGUCAGCUUGAUGAAGAUGAUGGGUCUGAUACAGAAGAUCCUCUUGGAAAAAAGGAUUGUGAAGGGAAGGAAGAAGAAGAGGAAGAGAUGGAAGAGAAAGAAGAAGUGUUGGAAAUUCUUGAAGAUGAUAAUGAUGAAGAAAAUGAAGGUGGCGAGAAUGAAAAUCCAGAGGAAGUGGAAUCUAUGAAUGCAGAGUUCGAGAAUGAAGACGACAGUGAUCAAAGUAUACAGGAAAUCGGAUGGACUGAAUUUGUGAAUGAAGAACUGGAAAACAAUUUCGGUGCUGAUUCCGUCAAAGUUGACCCAUCAUCUAGUAGUAAGGAUUCUAAGAUGGCUGUGAAUGUUAUACCUGUACACCAUGUUCCUAAGGUCAGUAAGUCUCCCAAGCUGCCAAAAACAGUUAAACUGUCAACGCUUUCUGAAAAGAGUCGCCAAAAUCUUUUCUGCAAGAGUAAAGCUGAGGUAGUCUUGGGCAAACUGGACUGGAAAGCUAUCAGCCAAACAGCCAAGAAGUCUGCAACUAAUAUUGUUGGAGGAGUUGUGGUUAAAAAUGAAUGUGAAAUUGACGAAGCAGAUUCACCUCAAACACCAGUGUCAACACGUAGCUCUUCAAGGUCACCAACAGAUAAUGUGACCAGUAAUCCAAGGAAAUCCCAAGAUACCAAAAUUUCAACCUCAGAAGCUGUUCCGCAACGAGUAACACGUAAUACAGCACGGAAAUCCAUACAAAAUCUUCCUGAAAUUAUUGUCAUUUCUGACGGAGAUGAGUAAAUGAAAUGGCAUGCAAUUAUAGUAUGUAAUGUACUUCUGGAACACUGCCCUGGUCAAUCAUUCAGGAUUUGAAAUAAAGAGGGGGAAAUUCAAAACACAACGAGAAAUAGUUUGGGGGAGAGUAUCCCAAGGAUUUGGCAUGAAUCAUGCAACCUCGCAUCUUGAGAUACAGAUGGAAAUCUUGUGUAACCUCAGAAUGUCCAAUAACGAAUAAAAAGAAUGAAUCUUGAAGUUAGGAACAUAAUACGUGGUAGUGUUAUCAAUGAACUCUGCACAGCAAGCAUAAUCUCGUCAUUUAGAAGGGAUUUGAAAGUGGCUGUGCACAUUUUUUGUUUGUUUAGACGGUAGGGAUUUGAAAGUGGUUUAAAUUCCAGACUAAAUGGAUUCACCUCUCGAAUGAGUAUAUGCCUGGAUCGAUCAUGUUUCUCACAUGGACCAUGUCACACAUUCACAAUUCACUAACCAGCUCUUGGUUCAUGAACGGAUUUUGUUAAAACUUGGUAAAUACAUUGAACAUUGUUUUAUUUUUCAAACUGGCUGACUGGCGGCCAUUUUGUAUUAAUGAAUGCAGCUUCAGUGCCAAGUCUUGGACAUGUUCAGACACACAUUCGUUUAAAAAAAUCCAUGUUAUGUUGAUACAAGGAGUGUUAGAAUAGAAAAUAUAGACAAGAACGCAUCCAUUUGAUUUGUUAUUUAUGAAGCUUAAACUUAAAUUGAAAUUUCUGAUAUAAAUCAUGCAUAAUGAGAUAAACCAAAUGUACAGACCAAUUUGUUUUCAAAAUUGUUUAUGUGAAAUAUCAACUUCUAUGGAACAGAUUGCUAUCAAUUGUGUAUCUUAAACAGUAGAACUGCUUGUAAAUCAAGCAAUGAUGUCAAAUUGUAGAUUCUCUCUUAAAGCAGCGGAGUCGUCACCUGUACACGAGUCAGAUGGCCAUAGGGUGUCAUUGUUUAUAAACAAGCAUCUACCCAUGAGCCUUUGCAUUUUUAGCGUGUGUUAUCGCCGCUUGGGACUCGAUUCCCGCGCGUGCGCAGGUGACGAUCCUUCUGCUUUAAAUCUUCAUAAUGACAGCUCAAUCUGGGAAUGAAGCUUGCACUUAGUAUUUCAUGCAAUAACCUGUAUUUUUUAAUAUACACAUGUAUAUACUUUCCAGUGAAUGAAAGUUUUGACCAGUUACUGCAUAUUAUAAAUCUCUGGACUGUAUUAUAAAUAAUUCAGAGCGAGGAGAACAAAAAUAAUGUACCAUCCUUACAAUCAAUUUCCCUUAAUAAUAAUAAUUUAUUGCAAAAAGUAUGAAGGAUUACAUGGUAUUUGGUUCUUCUACUGCCAAUGUUGACAACAAAUCAGUGGAACAAUUCAGAUUAUUUAGUCAUGACAAUUGUAUAUACCGGUAUUUAUAGAACGAUAUCACCAGCUAUUUUACUUGCCAAAAAUAGUCACAAAAAAAGUGAAACGUGUGUGUAAUGUACUCGCCAGAAUCACCGGUUUGCGUACUGUUUGCAUUUGUUUCUAUAGAUUUCACAGACACUUGUAUAGGCCUGAAUUUUUUAUAUAAACUAUUUAUACAUGUUUUAUAAAUUUAAAAUGACUGUUGAAAACCACUUCACCAAUCAUCAAGCUUUAGUGGUUGCAUAUGUAACAUUCUUUGUGUAAAUAGAAGGAAAUCAGUCAAUGAUAGGAAAAAAUCCAGAGACUCUCGGAGAAUGGGUACUACCAAAUGACAAAUAAAUGUUACGUAAAUUUCCAUGAAAAAAAAUGUCAUGCCUGUAUGAAACUGAGAUUCCGCUUGCAUAUUAAACUGUUGUAAUGCUGCUUAUAUUGUUACUCGUGGGAAGUUAUUCGGGGGGGGGGGGGGCUGUAUUUAUGCUGAAAACCAAUGGUUUCAUGCGUGACAUUCUGACUUGUGUGGGUGUAUAAAAACUCUGAAAUAUCGCUACCGUCAAGAUACUUCAAUAUUGUGUUUACAGAACUGGCAUAUUUUACGAUUAUGAUGGCCCCGCUGAGUAAUUACAUUUCACGCUAAUAAGCAAGUUACUACACGUGCAUUGUGAGAUUGAUUCAUUUAAUUUUGUUUCGUAACUUCAAUUUUCUCAUUUUUGUGAAUAUCUUGAAAAUGGCUGGAAUAAUUGAUGUGAUAUUCCUUUCUCAUUAUGCAAGCUAAUAAGCUGCCAGUUUGAAAUGUUUUGACAUUAUUAAAAUUCAUAUCAAUAUUUUCCAUCAUGUCACCAAUCAUAGUUUUGGAAUACAUUUACAAAUAAACAAUUUCACUAUAAAAAUCAAAUUUUGACAUUUUUCCUGUGACAUUUCAGACCACAAUUAUUUUGGUGUAUGGGUGAGUGUCCUGAUGGUGUAGUCAUAUUAGUAAAAGAAUAGUGGACUUGACAUUUAGUAUUAAAUUUUGCCUCACAUCUGCACCUUUA